GUGCACGCCAUCCUCUGCAGUUCUCUUGUUUACCACCUGUGGCACCAAUACUCGUACACACGCAGCACCACCGUCAGCGCCUCUACAACACCACCACACUACAGCAGCAACACCACCACCACCACCACAAGGCACAGAACUCAAGACUGGCGUGUGUUUCUGUUAGUUGCCUCACCAUCACACUUUCAAGGUCUGACUGACGACAUUAGGAGCCCGAGCAGCAGCAUUGUUAGCAAGAUGAGUGUGGAAGGUUUCCGAGAACAUGUGAGAAGGGAGACCAGCAACCUCACAAACCUGUGCAGACACUUUGAGGGAGUGGUCAAGGAGAAACAAGACCUCCCUGAAGACAUUUCAGGAGACAUCAUGGUUGCUGUUGGUCAAGCUGAGCUGCUCAUGAAGGAACGCUUCACUCAGUUCUCUGAGCUCAUUGAUGAUUGUGAACUGAAGCGUGGGGAGAAAGAGGUCACCUGCCAAGAUCUUCAGGGCUUCUGGGAUAUUGUAUACAUCCAGGUGGAGGAUGUAGUGAACAAAUUCAGUCAGCUUAAGAACCUGGAGAAGAAUGGCUGGGUGAUAAACAAGCCAUCAGCACCACCACUCACUAAGCCGCCUCCCAUCAAGAAGAUUGAGAAAAAAAAGAUGGGGCCGCCUAAGCCAGCACAAGGAAACAGUGACCUGCGGGCCAUGAUUCAGGCAGCACGCCGCAAAGCCAAGCAAGAAAAAGAAAAUGCCAAUGGAGAUGUAAAGGAAUCCCACUUUGUGGUGCGUAUGGAGAACAAGAGUCCUCUGAAGGAGGUCCAGGAGAAGCAGCAGGAGAACCUCUUCAAGACACCCAUCAAGCCAGUCAAGACAAAGGCAGCACUAAAACAUCACACACCUGGUCGGGAUGAGGUUAGGGUGCUGGCGUCAUCACUCCUCAAGGAACAGCUGCACAUGUCACCUGUUGUACACAAGGACUACUCUCCCUGCAUGCGGGUCACUCGCUCCAUGAAGGCUAAGGCUUCUGGCAAGAAACUGGGAUUUUGAAUUAUUUUGAUGUAGUUUUCAAGAUUUCUUGGUACCUGUCUUCCAUUUUCAACACAUGCAUAUAAUAUGUAUAAACAUGGCAAUCUAUUAUAGUUAUAUAAGCAGUACUCAUGUGCCUGAAAUAUAGUUUCUGAUACAUUAUUCUCUUUACUGUUAUUGUUUCACUACAUAGUUUACUUAAAUACAGGGAGAUGAUGUUUAGUUCUGCAUUCAGGUCUCAAGUGUCUAGUUUAUAUAUAUAUAUAUAUAUAUAUAUAUAUAUAUAUAUAUAUAUAUAUAUAUAUAUAUAUAUAUAUAUAUAUAUAUAUAUAUAUAUAUAUAUAUAUAUAUAUAUAUAUAUAUAAGUUUUUGUAAAGAAUCUCCAAAGGUUUGCAGUAUUAAUGACAAACUGCAUAUUGCUACUUCAAUAUUUUUUAUGGUUGCUUUUUCAAAAUAUACACAAACACACUUAAUUCUUCAUAAUAGUUCACUUUCAGAAAUAAGUGUAUUAUUCAUAUGGUAGAGAUCCUAUUUACCUGUUUUACUGAUGGUUUACUGAUAGAUCAUUUAUUGAUCAGUCAUUUAUUUUGAAACUUCCUAUCAAAUUACAGUUCAUAAUGUGCAGUACCAUGUACUCAGGUUAAGGUUCCAAAGUCAAGUAUUAUACUUAGAGAAGUGCUUUUGCUUGAAGCAAAAUAUAUAUUCAUACAUAUAUGCCACGAAAUACAUAUAUUUCUACAUACACC